AUGUCCCCGCAGCAGGACAUAUACAUGCCCCAACCCCCCACCAAAAUUCGAUCUAUUAAAACGGGAGCGCGUUCGCCGCGAGACAGCUUCCAGUUGGAUUAUUCAAUCGACUUCUUCAAGACGUAUAUCGAUACGCAGCGUUUCUACGCCGGCCACAAGUUGGAUUUCAAACAUCAGAGUUGUGCCGGCGGCCCUGGUUCCGGUGGAGCCUCCUCCGGAGGAGUCGUCGUCGGCGGCACCAGCAACAACAACAACAGCAAUCUAACAGCAGCAGCAACAGCUGUGCAACAACAGCAACAACAGCAGCAGCAGCAACAACAGCAGCAGCAACAGCAACAGCAAUCGAAUAGCAACGGCAGCAACUCCUCGGUGGCCUUGUCCCUGGCCCAUCCGCACGCCCACGCCAGCCACGCCCACAGCGGCCACGCCCACGGCAGCCACGCCCACGCUCUAGCGAUAGCCCACGGUCAUCACGGAUUGCUGCCGUCGGUGCUGCCGCAACAGCAACAGCAGCAGCAGCAGCAACAACAGCAGCAGCAACAGUUACCGCCGGGCGUGGGUGUUGCAAGUCCGCUGCAACAGCAACAGCAGCAGCAGCAACAACAGCAGCAACAGCAACAACAGCAGCAGCAACAACUAAUCAACAACGGAGGCGGCGGAACACCCACUUUGCUCAUCGGCAACGGACCCAGCUCAUCCGGAGCGGGACAGGGAUCUUCGGUGUCCUCCGCCGCCGCAGCAGCAGCAGCAGCGGCCGCAGCAGCCGCCGCCGCCUCCUCCUCCUCCGCCUCCUCGUCGCUGCCCCACGUGGCGCCCCAUAGCCUGGGACUCAGUCCGCAGUCCAGCGCCGAUUCGCAGCAGUUCAACAUCUUUCCGGCGAUCUUUAGCCGCCAGCUGAACUUCUCGGCCGGCGGACAGGCGGGCAAGCUGAGCAUGGACGAGCUGCGUCCGAACCUGGUCGGCGGACUGCUGGGGCUGCAGCAGGGCCUGCUGGAGGAUCAUGCCAGCAUGCAGCACGGGGGCGUGGCGCAGGACACCAAGUUCAUGUCGUUCCAGGACCAGCGGCUGAUGGGCAUCGGCGGAUCGGCGCACGAGAACCGGCUGCUCAGUCUGGCCAGCUCGGUGCAAGACACCCGUUCGCCGAUCACCACGCUGGAGAAGUCGUCCUCCUCCUCGCUGAACCACCAGCGCAAGUGCAGCAGCACGCCCGAGGACUUCAGCGCCCUCUACUCCGGCCUGCCCACGCCGGGCAUGGACUCAUCCUCGCACCACCACACGCCGGCCCACACGCCGCCCUCGCGCCUUUCGGACCACACAAUCUCGGCGGAAGGCGCCUUCAAGAAGCUCAAGCCGGAACCCAACAGCGGCCUGUCCACGGUUUCCGCCGGCAUCACCUCGCCAGGAAGUGGAUUAUCAUCGCUCAGCCAGCACGCCGGCCACACCCCAACCACAGCGUCCUGUCCAACGCCCGCCAGGCGGAGACAUCGAACCACAUUCACACAGGAACAAUUAGCGGAACUGGAGGCAGCGUUCGCCAAAUCGCAUUAUCCGGAUAUUUACUGCCGCGAAGAGCUGGCGCGAACAACAAAGCUGAACGAGGCGCGGAUUCAAGUCUGGUUUCAGAACCGACGCGCCAAGUACCGGAAGCAGGAGAAGCAGCUGCAAAAGGCCCUGGCACCGUCUGUGAUCCCAUCCUGCAACGGGAUGAUGAGGAACAUCCAGGGCUACAGCGUCUCGCGGGGCUACCAGCCGUAUCCGCACCACAACACCAUGAACCGCUAUCCCCAGGACCUGUUCCAAAUGGGCGCCUCCUCCUAUCCGGGCAUGACACAGCCGUUCUCCAUGGCGCACAGCACGAACAUGGGAUCCGUUGGAGUGCGUCAGGACUCGAUGGGCAUGUCUCCGGAGGACGAGUGGUACAACAAGAGUCUGUCCGCCCUGCGGAUGAACUCCUCGCAUCAUCCCAACCUGUCAGCCCCAAUGCUGCAAUACCAGACAUAAUCAAAAACCUUUGACGACUUCUUUUAAAAGAUCGCACCUUAAUUGGCCUUUAAGGUGCGGUGUUUUAAGAGGUAGUGCGUCAAACGUAACGUCCUGUAACAUCCACAAAAUAUUUCUCUGUCUAUAUCCUAUGCAUAUAUCGUGUAUAUAUGUACAUAGUAUAUAUACCAGUCAUUAGUUUCCAGCCCCAGGAUGUGUGCAGAUCGUAGCAGAUCAUUUUGAGUUCCGGAGCGAAAUCGUUCAAUGUCUGGGCGGGGUUUACUCAUAAGACUUGUUGAUAUUAUUCUGUUUUUUUUCUACACAUAUUUUUUUUACAUUUUUUUUUGGACAAACGAGAUCCAAAUCGAAUAAGAGGGGCAAACAUAUUGGGGUAGUGCCAGAGUCGGAGGUAAACAAAUACGAGUGGAUGGUAUUGUAAUAGGCAACUAGUCAUAGUAUCUAAGCAAAUUGUGUAUUGAGAUUUUAUCGUGGCAUUAUAAAAAGUAAAUUAAAAGCAUAAAUCGUGCGUAUAUAUAUAAAUUUAAAUAAAUACACUAAAAUAUGUACUAGCGAUAGCAUAUAAGUCAGGUUGCUUAGCCCCAGUCUGGUCUGAUAUGAUAUGAUCUGAUCGGAUCUACUCCUAGUUCCAGUCUCCCAAGCAUGCAACUCUUUGGUUGCUUCUACCGACUCUUUAUUGCCUGCUCACUAUUCAUUAAACAUAGCUUACUCAAACAUACGACGUACUUAUAGCUCCCCCACCCAAAUCCUUCCAUCUGACCCCAUUCAUAGACCCAAAAUGCACAGGAAACCAAGCCAAUCCCAAACGAAUAACACUAAAACCCCUCUAACUAAUUCAAGGUGUGUCGAACUAAUUAUAAGAUGAUUUUUUUUAGCUAAGCAAUGCAUUAACGAGUUAUAUUUAAUAAUAAUACUAAACGAAACAAAAAACAAAACAAACUGAAACCAAUAAAAUACAUCACCUAUAUAUAUUUAAAUACGAAAAAACAAGAAGCCAAACGAAAACUACAAGACGCAUGUUUAACAAAUUAUGCCAGACACAGCAAGAAUGGAAAUAAUAAAAAUAUUAAAAACAAA